AUGGCGUCGUCCAGCUCUUCAGGCCUCAGCAGGCGAGGCGGCGAGGGCGCGCCCGGGACCGUGAGCGCGUUCGUGCGCGAGCACCUGCGGCAGCUGUGUCUGAGCGAGUUCCCGUGCGGCACGGGCAGCUGGAAUAAGUCUCGCUUUCUCCCUAAAAGCUGGCGGACCUGGCGGGAGCUGGUCCCCACGGAAGAGGAGGCAGUGAGCCCGGAGGAGGAGACGGUGGAGGCCCUGCUGGCCCUGGUGCGCAGCCCCCACUCGCCCUGGGCCCACGGGACUCAGCUGGGCUUCUCCUCCGCCGAGGACCGCUUCCUGAGAGAGCUGGCCAUCCGCAGCCCUCUGAAGCUCAAGGACACCUUCUUCUACUCCUACUUCCGCUCCCUGAGGGUCGUGGACAAGCAGGUGAGCCUGGUGGACAGAGACCUCCUGAAGUUUCUCAAGCUGGAGGAGCUGGUACUGAGUGCCAAUGAAAUCAAGGAAGUCGAUGCCUCGAAUCUGCCCCCUACACUCAAGGUGCUGGAGCUGUACGGCAACUCGAUCAGCAGCAUGGUGUGCCUGUGCACGUGCCCUCCGCCCCGGCUGCAGCAUCUGGGGCUCGGCCACAACAAGCUCCUGGGCCCCUUGGAAAGUCUCUUCGUCACGUCUCAACACUGGCCCAACCUCGUCUCCCUGGACCUGGGCUUCAACGACCUGACGGACCUGCAAAGCAUGGUGGCCAGCCUGUCCACCCUCCAGAGCCUGCGGCUGCUGGUGCUACAAGGAAACCCUCUGGCGCUGGUGCCCUACUACCGCGGCCUCACCGUGGACAGCCUGGCCCACCUCUGUGUGCUGGACGACAUCACCGUGUCCCCCAAUGAGAGGCACCAUUUCCGGGGGCUCAGCCGCAGCGCCGACCUCUUGGCACAUGAAGCACAGUUUCUGGUGACCAUUGGGAACAUCAGGGGCCUGGUGGAUUCCUCCAUCUUGGACCCUGAGCCAGGCCCCGAGGGCCCGUUCAUCGCCUACAACUACUACGUGACCUACGACUUCGUGGAGGACGAGGUGGAGGGGGAGGAGAAGCCGUCCAGCCAGGUGCUGUUGCAGGUGCGGCCGCUGCCCCGGGCGGUGGCGUCCCUGCCUCACACGGCGCCCAGGCUGCUGCUGCACAAUUCCACCAUACCCGCUCCGCCCCCCUCCUCCCACUGUAAAGUCACACGGUGCGCAGGGGAGCGUGCUCGCUUAGUGUCAGCCUGGCUUCCAUCCCACCACAAAAGAAAUAGGCAAAAGGCGCGGGCCGCUGGCAUCAGCCGCGGGGCGGUGGCCGGCCCGGCCGCAGCGCGUGGUCUCUCCUGGCAGAUGGCCAAUCAGUCCUCCAGCCAGGAGCUGCCGGAAGAGGAGAGCCACGGGCAGUCCUCCGACGAGGCCAGCAAGGAGGAAGAGAUCCCCAAGAGGUCCAGCACUGUCGGGGCCCCCAAGGAGACCCAGAGGGAGGCCGCCAGGAGCAUCACCAAGGAGCUCACCCCGCCCACGCAGCAGGGGGCCCAGGCGGUCCCUGAAGAGGGGGCCGAAGAGUCCGUGGAGUCGGGGGCCACGGAGCAGGGCCAGUCCGAGUCUUCUGUUCUCACCGUCCCGUCGCCCCGCCUGCAGCAGUCCACAGAAUCUGCAGAAGAGCUGGCGAAGCUCCGGCCGCGCAUCAACCUCCGGCUCUGCCCAUCCCCGGGGACGACCCUCUUCAGCACGGUCCCCAAGCCCUGGGCGGACGUGAUCCCCUGCGGGUAUGAGAUGCAGCACACGCUCAAGAACCUGGUGCCGGUCAAGGCCUUCCUGCUGGCGGGGACGACGGUGGCCAUCGUGGAGCAGAAGAUUCUCUCCUGGCCCCUGGUUCCGCCCCCUCCGGUUGAGAUUCCCGCGUCUCCCAAGAAGGGCAAAGGGGAGGACGGCAAGAAGGAGAAGAAAGGGAAAGCGGAGGGGGCCCCCAAGAAGAAGAAGGAGCUGCUGCCCAAGGAGCUGCGGCAGGACCCGCCCAUCCUCAAGGUGCUGGGCCGCACCACGCUGCUGCUGGAGCCGCUGCUCAUGGGGGAGCCGCUGGUGUCCACCGAGUGCAACUUCGGCGUGGUCCGCAGCCUGGACUUGGACAGGAUGAUACUUGCCAGGGAUUCAAAGAAGACCAAGAAAUCGAAAACUGCUAAAAAAGAGCAGAGCAAGGCGGCGGUCCCGGCCUCCGAGAGCUCGUACCGGCCGCAGCCGCUGUCGGUGGAGGUGCAGAUCCAGCUGAGCCAGUACCGCACGGCGGAGGAGGCCUUCCACACCCUGGCGGACCGGGAAGGGCUGCGGCGCCGCCGGCCUCCGGGCCCCGCGUCAGGGGCGGCGGAGCCGUCUGGGCCCCGGGACGCGGCGGAGGCCGGGGACGCGGCGGAGGCCGGGGACGCGGCGGAGGCGCACCUGUCCCCGAAAUCCCUGAGCCGCCUUGAAAGACCGUCCCGGGGCUGCGGCCGCGCCUCUCCCGUGGGUCUGCGCCCCCUCCCCGUGGGUCUGCGCUGCCCCGUGGGUCUGCCCCUCCCCGUGGGUCUGCGCCCCCUCCCCGUGGGUCUGCCCCUCCCCGUGGGUCUGCGCCCCCUCCCCGUGGGUCUGCGCCCCCUCCCCGUGGGUCUGCGCCCCCGUGGGUCUGUCCCCGCCGUGGGUCUGCGCCCCCGUGGGUCUGCCUGCCCCCGUGGGUCUGCGCUGCCCCGUGGGUCUGCACCCCCGUGGGUCUGCCCCUCCCCGUGGGUCUGCGCCCCCUCCCCGUGGGUCUGCCCCUCCCCGUGGGUCUGCCUGCCCCCGUGGGUCUGCCCCUCCCCGUGGGUCUGCCCCUCCCCGUGGGUCUGCGCCCCCGUGGGUCUGCCCCUCCCCGUGGGUCUGCCCCUCCCCGUGGGUCUGCGCCUCCCCGUGGGUCUGCCUGCCCCCGUGGGUCUGCCCCUCCCCGUGGGUCUGCCCCUCCCCGUGGGUCUGCCUGCCCCCGUGGGUCUGCGCCUCCCCGUGGGUCUGCGCCUCCCCGUGGGUCUGCGCCUCCCCGUGGGUCUGCCUGCCCCCGUGGGUCUGCGCCUCCCCGUGGGUCUGCGCCUCCCCGUGGGUCUGCCUGCCCCCGUGGGUCUGCGCCUCCCCGUGGGUCUGCCCCUCCCCGUGGGUCUGCCCCUCCCCGUGGGUCUGCGCCUCCCCGUGGGUCUGCCCCUCCCCGUGGGUCUGCCUGCCCCCGUGGGUCUGCGCCUCCCCGUGGGUCUGCCCCUCCCCGUGGGUCUGCCCCUCCCCGUGGGUCUGCGGCCCCCCGUGGGUCUGCCCCUCCCCGUGGGUCUGCGCCUCCCCGUGGGUCUGCGCCUCCCCGUGGGUCUGCGCCUCCCCGUGGGUCUGCGGCCCCCCGUCUGCCCACCCGUGGUUCUGAAGCCCUCAUUGCUCUGCGCCUCUUUCCCCCGUCCCCCCUCGCCCAUGGGCAGCGGGCGUCUGGCGGUGCGCUGCCCGAGGAGCGCGGAGGAAUGCUGGCCUGGGCUGGGGCAGGGCAUCCCCACUCCCGGGCCGCGGCUGACUUGGGUCCCUUCCCUGUGCACAGCACCCCAGGGCGUCCUGGCUGCUUUGCCUGCAAAGUGA